AUGUCUACUUCCGCAGAGAUCGGAGAGCUUCAACCCGGCGGCUUGGGGACUUUACAGCGAACUAAACGCCAUCAGGUCGGUAGAGCUUGCGAUUGGUAUCGGGUUUAUCGGAUCAAAUUGCAGGAACUUCAAUAUCAGGUCACGUGCUCCAAGCUGCGGAAAAGAAUAAAGCCUAUUGUUUCAUUGCCAACCUACCUCGGCCCUUUCAGAGAGCAUGGGGGGAACUGGAAAUACUUGGAGCCUUAUUACACCAGAAGUCAUGGCUCGCUGCAGGCCAUCUACUAUGGCACCGCAUCUCCGCACUAUUUCAUUGGCAGGUUAAAUGUAUACCUCCAAUCUAUACUACCUUCAUCGCGAUACGAUCAGGACAAGCAACUCGACAUAAUGCCAACAACUGAAGAUCCUGAGCCACGCAAUGUACCCAUAGGCUUCCUAGCAUCGAGUUUAAUCGGGACGGAGCGGGUAUUGGAAACGACUCUCUCUCGACUCCAAGAGAAAACUCUGCUCGACUCAUUUUGGCAGUCUUACCAUCUAUCAUAUCCAAUCCUAGACAAAGAGGAGAUCAUGUCUCACGUAGACUCGCUAUGGGUCCCAUUUGUAACGCACCGCCAACCUUCAGCUCUCAUCGACAUCAUCCUCGCUUUAUGCACGCAACACAGCGCUUCACACCCACCAAUGCAUUCUGUGAUGAUUAUGCAUUCUAUCGAAGAACCCUCACUCAAUGCGUUACAGUGCCAAAUUCUCUCCAUUCUCUAUCUCCAAAACGUCUCUCGCCCGAACACGGCGAACAUAAUGCUUGCUACCGCCAUCAGAACUGCAAUCGUUCUAGGGCUUCACCGGGAAGCACCGAAAGGCACAUCGACAGAAGAGGAGCAGACCCGAAAGCGGAUAUUCUGGACACUCUAUGCACUCGAAAUGGAUUCAGCCAUGCAACUAGGGCGGCCACUCGCGGUCAACAUGUCUCAGGUCACAUGCAAUCUUCCGGAUACAAACGAGACCCCUUUGACCAUCCAAUCGGACUCGUCAUUGAAUAUAAUGAAGACUUGCUAUGCUUUCAACCUGCAAUACAUCAAACUGAUCCUCGCAGCUCGAGCAACUUAUGUUUCGUUCAACCACAAAUGUGCUGACGUCCGUGGACCACAAGAUCAGGACUGUCUUUACAACAAUGCCGAGGGGCUGGAAACAUGUGCGGAGUUCCUUUCACAGAAGAUAGACUAUAUGUACAACUGGAGUCGUAAUGUACCAGAGGUUUUGAGGUAUAUUCGAAAGAUACGACAACGCGGUCUCUGUCCCUUGGCUCUCUUACAGCCAUUAUGGCUAGAGCGCCAAAGAACUCUAUUAGAGCUUCGAUACCAUAACCUCGCCAUGACCCUUUUCCGACCAUUCAUCUGCUUCGCGGGCGUCGCCAAAACAACACCUAUCUCAUUCACCAUAAGCAACGCAAAUCAUUGCCUCCAUCACGCAACAAUCAUCACUCAGACUAUCCUCCAAGCGCUCACGGAAUCGGAUGUCCUACACGGACAACACGAGGUCUUCCGAGUGCAGUGGAAUGCCACUCUAUCACUCGUCGGCUACCUGACUGCGUAUCCGAGUAGUGACACGAGCCACGCAUGCCGAGAAGACAUCCACUGCGCUCUUCAAGUCCUCGAGAUCUUCUCUAGCUGGUUUCCGAUGGCGGGUCGCGCGGUGGACGUCGUUGGAAAACUGCUCUCUCGCAUCGGAUUUCCCAUCGACUCCUCCGCAGACACUAGGAUGAUGUUCGACCCUGAGCUUACUGCGGGCAAUGGCGCCUUGCUCCUUGAAUAUCCUGAUUUGGUGCACGAUACGAUUGCGUAG